UGAAUGAAAUCGAAAAAAAGGUUGAUGGAAAUGCAGUUAAAAUGAAAGAAAUUGCGAGUUCCGACAAAAUAUCGAAGUCACAGUUUAACGGAAUCACUGAAAAUAGCGAAAAAAUCCAACAACAAUCUUUCGAAAUAAGUGAACUUCGUGAGACUAACAACAAACAAAAAUUGGAAAUCAGUACACUUUCAUCUAAAUUAAGUCAUCUUCAUAAAACGAACAGCGAUCAGAAAUUAGAAUUAGGUGAACUGCGUAAAAAUAACAAAAAACAAUCGUCAGAAAUUAGUGCACUAGGUAAAGAAAACAGUAAACGUUCCUCUGAGAUCAACGCAUUGAUAAAGGAAAUGGCCUCGUUGGAACGAAAAGUUGCGGAUAUCAACUCAAAGUGCUGCAAUAGCGCAUCUAGCAGCAGCCAUGCAAGCGGUUCGAGUGGUUUUCGUGUUGUGGGUGCUGCAAGUAGCACAAGCAGUGCAGGAGGUAUAGUUCGUACAGUUACAAGUGUUUCACGUGGUACAAGCGGUCGUGCGAGCAGUACAAGAAGAAUGUUCUGAAGCGAUAAAGUCUUCAUACUCAACCUAAAUAUGACCUUUAUGCUUAA